UCCAAUGGGUUUUUUUAAGCGACUCACGGUUAAAUGCUGUUUACAGGAUGGCCCAAGAAGAGCCAGUUGACUCUGUGAGUCGGGUGCAGUACCUGACCCCAUCCAUAUCCGAACUCCGCCAUCUCCUGUGGACAAACAGACGCCCCGCAGGACCUGUCAAUCAAGUCUGGCCCGAUCUGUACUUGGGAGACGAGACCACAGCGCGUGACAAGGCCACGCUGUCCCAGCUGGGAAUCACUCACGUUGUGAACGCUGCUGCUGGACCACGCCGAAUCAACACAGGCCCGCAGUUCUAUGCGGACGUGCCCGUAGAGUACCGCGGGGUUGAGGCCGCCGACCAUCCCAGCUUUGACCUCCGACCUUUCUUCCACCCAACAGCUGAGUUCAUUCAAACGGCACUGGCCCGAAAAGGCAAGUGCUUCUGGGCAUCACAGGCAAGAGGGAAUAUUAUCAUGAUGUACCGAUUUUAUGUUCACUACCUGUCAUUUACUCACACCAGGAAGGUGUUUGUCCACUGCGUGAUGGGGGUCAGUCGCUCGGCAACCCUGGUGCUGGCCUUCCUCAUGAUCUGCGAGAACCUCACCCUGGUGGAGGCCAUCAACGCGGUGCGGCAGCACAGGCACAUCUGCCCCAACGAAGGGUUUUUGGACCAACUCAGAAACUUGGACACAACCUUGGCCACGCAGAGGCACUCUAGAGAGUCCGCUGUGGAGAGCAUGAUGUCUGGCGCCACAAAGAACAGAAAAAAGAUAAACGCGUACGCCGAGGUAAAGGCGAACCCUAACAGUGACUACGUCACACCCGGAGCCUUCGACCUGGAGAAAAUCUUCUGGCGUGGUUCCGGUGCAGCGUACACGCAUGUCAACGAGGUGUGGCCAAACGUCUUCAUUGGAGAUGAGAAGACCGCUCUGGAGCGCGACAACUUGGAGAAAAUGGGCGUGACGCACAUCCUGAACGCGGCCGAGGGGAAGUGGAACAACGUGGCCACGGGCCCCAAAUAUUACAGCGACAUGAACGUCGAAUACUACGGCGUGGAAGCGGAGGACGUCCCCACCUUCAACCUCGGCGAAUUCUUCCAUCCUGCGGCGCAAUUCAUCGACCAAGCUCUCAGUAGCCCCCAGAACAAGCUGCUGGUGCACUGCGUUAUGGGAAGGAGCCGCUCAGCCACGCUCUUCCUGGCCUACCUCAUGAUCCACAAGGACAUGACUGUGGUGGAGGCCAUCGAGCACGUCAAGGAGCGACGGUGCAUCCUUCCCAACCGGGGCUUCCUAAAGCAGCUCCGACAGCUCGACAUUCAGCUCCAACAGCAGAAGCACGGAUCGCAGAACAACGGAAACGGCGAGGUCACGGAGGAAGACAAGCAGUGAAAGGGCUACAACAAAAGGACCCAAUUGAUUUGGGAGGGAAAGUAGAGCAAAUCACAAUAAGAUUAAGAGUGAGUGAUGGCUUCGUCUCUCUCCAAGUUUCUGUUAAAACUACCGUCUGUGGCUAAGUUCAGCAUCUGUAACCUA